CUGACUGCCGAGCAAUCUGGAGGAUUUUCUGGGCUUCUCCGCGGCAUUGUGCCGCCUUCUCACUCUAAGCUGGCUCUGGAGGAGGAGGAAGUGGAGCUGUCUCAGGUGGACCCACAGAAAUGGAAGUGGAGUGAGAGAGGAAGAGUCCAGCAUGACCUCAGGGUUUUUGGCCUGAGCCAAAAGAUGCUGUCAAACCAACAAGAAUGUGUGGUUGUCAGCUCUUCAUUGUCAUGAUGAAUUCCUGACACAGCCUGACUUCAAGAAAAGAACUCUGCUUAACUCACAGCUUUGGAGGCUGAAAGUGCGAAUAGCACAGCGCAGGCUCUGGCGGGGAAGCACUCCUCGACUUUGUCAUCCCAUGGCCGACAGCAGCUAAGAGCCAGCAGUCACAUCUCUGCCGGGAAGACUCUCCCUGGAGGCCCAGACGCCUUUGCUCCCCAUGGGCAGCUGCCAAGCAGGGCACAACCUGCAUCUCUGUCUCGUCCACCACCCGCCUCUGGUCUGUGCCACUCUGAUCCUGCUGCUCCUGGGCCUCUCCGGCCUGGGCCUCGGUGGCUUCCUCCUCACCCACAGGAGCGGCCUGCGCAGCCCUGACAUCCCGGAGGACUGGGUCUCCUUCUUGAGGUCUUUUGGCCAGCUGACCCUGUGCCCUGUGAAUGGGACGGCCACAGGGACACGGCAGGGGGCUCACGUGGUAGGCCUAGUGACCACACUGAACUUCGGGGACGGUGCAGACAGGAACAAGACCCAGACCUUCCAAGCCAGCAUCCCAGGUCGGCAGCUGGGAUUGAAAGGGUCUUCUGCAGAGGAGCCCAUCCUCAUCACAGCCAGGGUGAGCCCGGAAAGGACGCCGGGAGCCUGCCUGUAUUUUAAUGCUGCUCCAGGGAUCCUGCCCUCCAGCCAGCCACCCAUCUCCUGCCUCGAGGACGGAGCAGGCAAUGCCACCCUGAGCCCUAGGAUGGGUGAGGAGUGUGUCCGGAUCUGGAGCCACGAAGGCCUGGUGCUCACCAAGCUGCUCACCUCGGAGGAGCUGGCUCUGUGUGGCUCCAGGCUGCUGAUCUUGGGCUCCUUCCUGCUUCUCUUCUGUGGCCUUCUCUGCUGUGUCACUGCUGUGUGCUUCCACCCGCGCCGGGAGUCGCACUGGUCCAGAACCCGGCUGUGAGGGUGCUGGCCUACUUCUGCCUUGUUCUCGGGUGUAAAUCAACUUCUUGGGUCUUGUUUCUGAGUUGGAAGAUGUCACAGAAAGUGAGGAGCUGGAGUGUGUGUGGGGGGUAAAUAAAAGGUUUUUUUGCCUA